UUUUCAGUGAUUCCCUCUAUAAUUUUCCCAUUCUGCACUCCCAGAGGAGGAGAUUACAUUGAAAUAAAUCUCUUAUUUUUUCCUUUUUAUUUUCCUCCCCAGAUUUUCCUUCAAAACAUUUUCCCAUUCCAUAGAAUAUUUUGUAGCAAUCAAUCUCCUGCACAAACAAAGAACAAUCUGUUAAACACACUCGCAUACAUAUAUAAAUACCAAUCUUCAAACACUCAUUAUUAUUAUCCUUUUAGGCCUAGGGUUCUCUCGAAAUCAAACCUGAACCAAGAAAAGCCACCCGUUGAUUUCUUUAUGAUAAAAUUUUCACCCUUUUUCAAAGAUUUUGAUUCCCAUCGGAAACCAAAGUUACCCAUCGCCAUCUCUUAUUAUCGUCAGAGCAUCUUUAUCAUCAUCUUUUUGCUAUUAAUUCUUGACCAAUCUUGCUCCAGUUCUUCUUCUUCUUCUUCUAUUACAACCAACAACAGCAUCAUCAAGAAACACCAAAACCAAGGACAAGAAAAUCAAGAAACCAUCAUGAAGGUGCAUCCAAUGCCCAAGAAAAGAAACAACAUAACAAUCCAAUACUAUACCAACAACAUCAACAAUCGAAGGGACCCAUCUUCUGGUGGGUCCCACAACAAGAAGCUAAGAAGGUUGCCCCACAUCUUUAGCCGUGUUCUUGAGCUUCCUUUCAGGUCUGAUGCUGAUGUGUCGGUGGAGGAAAGCCCGGAUUGUUUCCGAUUUGUAGCAGAGACCGAUAAUAUCGGAGAAAUUAGGGCUCACACGAUUGAAAUCCAUCCGGGGGUUACUAAAAUUGUGAUUAGGCCAAAUGGGUAUCUUGAGUUAUCCCCAUUUGAUGAUUUGGAGUUGGAUAUGUGGAGGUUUAGGUUGCCGGAAUCUACUCGGCCUGAGCUUGCCAGCGCUGUUUUAACUGACGGAGAGUUGAUUGUUACGGUGCCAAAAGGAGAUGAGGUGGAAGAAGGGAAUGGUAAUAAUGGAGAGUUUAGAGGAGGUAUGGGAAAUAAUAAUAACAACAAUGCUAGGCUUGUGCUUGUACAGUGAUGAAUGAUGACCAUAAUUACUGCUCUUUUUCUUUAGCUUUUGGUUUUUGUUCUUUUCUUUAAAUUUAUGCUAUUGUGGAAGUUAGUUUUUGAACUUGUUCAUGUAUGCCUCUGCUUUUCUUAUUAAAUUAAACAAGGUUUCUUUAA